CCUUUCUAUAUCUCUGGCUACACCUCGCCAUACACUAAACGGCAGAAAACGUAUCGCGAAGUCUGUUCAAGAACGUUUUGGGGAAACGACCAAAUCGUUCCGCAGUGUAGUUAACGUUCAAGUGAACUGAACGCACCRUGUAGUCAURGCAUGAUUUUAACUACAUUGCCCUUCUGCCCCAGUUCAGGCUCUGCCUAAAAGAAAAUACUGCAAAGUGUCGUAAAACAGUUCUCCAUGCAGCAGCUAGCGUACACGGUGCAAAGGGAUGGUGCUCUAAAAACACUCAUUUUCAAAUCGAACUUCAAAUUCAUGAAGAUUUUCCUCAAACAACUUGCAAGGCUAAAGCAUGGAGGACAUGGAAGACGACUGUUUUGUUCUAAAUGACGACUACAACCAUAACUACUGUGCGAACAGUGCCAGUGGACAAGUCCUCUAUCUCGGGAACGAACUGUCAGAUGUACCCCAACCCCUAUCUAUCUCGCCGGUUUUAGCCARGCGAGAUGUAGCUGCGCAGGAGAACCACUCAAAGGUUUGUUCCAGUUCCAGCAGCGGUUUAAAGUUCAUGGAUUCAGACUCGAGCAGCGUGAACAGUGACACCAGCGAGACUGACAGCCCAUCGUCGGCUUCCAUCGCAGGGAAACUGACCCUGAACUCAGCCUCAAAGUUUCUAAUGAAUGRAAUGACCGAAGAGGACUAUAGAACCACAUACUGGCCGAACCUGGAGAAAGCCAUUGACCACCUGCUAAUACAAAACCCCAUGGACCACAUCUCCAUUUCAUARGAGCAGAUCUACAGUUGUGUGUACAAGUGUGUUUGUCAACAGCACUCUGAGCUACUGUACAAAGACUUGAUGCUGAAGAUUACUACCCAUCUUCGACAAGUCUCUUCUGAUCUUCAAAUUAGUCCACCAGGGAAUUUCAUUGAGAAUUUCAACAUUGCUCUGACUCGGUACACAGAUGCGCUUCAAUGCAUUGUUCCCGUAUUCAUCUACAUGAAUAAGUUCUACAUUGAAACGAAGCUAAACCGAGACCUGCGAGAAGAUCUCAUGAAGCUUUUUACCGAUCAUGUUGCAGAAAAACAUGUUAACACGUUAAUACCUCUUCUCCUCGAAGCCCAUUCCAUGCCUUUUCAAGUCAGACCUUCAACAAUGGCUAGUGUGGUSAAAGGCCUGUAUACUCUUUGGCCCGAUUGGGCACAUUUAGCCCCAGCUCUCUUCUCUGGAUUCAUUCCUCAAAUCAACCCGCCAACAGUGGAAUCCCAGCUGUCUGACUAUGCUGCUCGUGACCAGAAACUACAAAUGGAGCUAUCUCUGAAUGGUUUUCCCAGAGGUGACCAGUCUCGCAAGAGAGCCAGCGAGUAGUCUGCAUAGAAUGCUCUGARCGUUAGCGACCUGGUUCAACCCAAAUUGACAAAACACUGUGAAUGACGAAGAUUCUCUGAUGCUAUGUGAAUUGGGUGAGCGUAAGCAUGGGCUCAUUUUUGACCCACGAGUUGUAGUGGACACGGUUUCUUUGCCUCUUCUGAAAAGCACAGUGAGUUCAUGAUGGUGCAUCAUUGUUCUUUCAGUUUUUGAUGGUAAAUGAAUCUUCAUUAUUGCUAAGAUACUAUGAGGUUUAAUGGGUUUGUGCUUAUUUUUCCAUUAAAGUGUGCCUUCUACUCUGCUUUGUUGGGAUAUUCAAGUUGCCUAACCGAUGCCAUUUUAGGCUCCCGAGUGGCGCAGCGGUCUACGGCACUGCAUCUCAGUGCUAGAGGCGUCACUACAGACCUGGUUCGA